CUACAUCUCAAUACCCCUUCUAACUAAUCACACUCGACGAACCUACGGGACCUAAUACCCAGCUCAACUCAAUCCUCGAGAUAGAUAACUAUCAGUAGCUACAAGCCGAAUACACCAUGGCUACAUCCCUUGCCCAGCUGGGCGUCCAGUACAUGGCCUCAACCGGGAGUUGUGUCGUCGACAUGGCCGCCAUGCAUAGCCUGUUCGACUCUUGCAGCACUAUCCACAUCCGCGUGCCGGAAAAUCAGCACCGCAUCGACGUCCACUCGAAUAUGAUCUGUAUUAAACCGACGCAGCCGGAACCCGGCGCCUAUCGCGAACAGUACAUGUACCCAAGCUUACAAUCGCCUACAAAUGCCCCCCAGGCGCCGCCAAAGCAGCAGCAGCAGAAGCGACCUCCUUCCAUGAACGGACCGGAUGAUAAUCCGCAGGGCCCGUUGCCGGGAACUAAGGGUGGUGAUGGAGAAAUCGACGGUCCUAUGCGUCCCGACGUACCUGAUGACGGUGAAAGCCCAUCGACGACUGCACACACGUACGUCAGACCGGGAUAUACGUAUACUUCGUCCGGCGCUUCCACGUUGACUACCCAAGUCACUCGCCUACAAUCCUCGGCUCUCUCGCCUUCCUUAUCUGCGUCUGCCACAACUACUACAGCCGAACGCUUUUUCAUCACCACCAGCGCUAGCGCUACUCCCACACCUUCGCCCCAGGAACAAGCAACUCACGUCCCCGUCCUUGAUACGCCACCCAGCCCCAGCGCGCCAGUCGAACGCCCAGAUGUGCCUCGACCGGCGGCACCUCCCCCUCCACCUGCGCCCGAGAUCAUCGCGCCGCCACCUCCGCCGGCGCCGGAGUACUGCGGCACGACGUACGUCAAGAUGGACGUGACGACGAUCCAGACCCUGGACCCGCACGACCUGGACCUGUACCUGAACCUGCUGGGUAUCACGGGCAUCGGGCUGGACCUGGACCACGGCGUGGGCGGCCUCGUGUCCGGGCUCCUGGGGGGCGCGGUCGACGACGACGAGACGAGGGAGCUUCAUCACGAGUUGGAGCACUCGUACCGCGUAAGGUGCGGGGUUGGGGAGAUGCAUGGGUUUGAGGAGGGGAGUGAAUGGAAGGCGGAGUGGAAGGGCGAGUGGAAGGGGGAGAGGGGCAGGGUCACGACGACGAAGACGCAGACGGGUUGUCUGGAGGAGUGCGAGAAGGGGGCUAUUGGGAAGGCGAGGGGUGGUGAGGUUAAGGAGUGUUUGGGGGCUGCGUUUAAUAGGGGGUUGACGAGCGAGAAUUGUAAGUUUUGGACCGGGGGCAAGGAUGAGUUUUUGCCUGUGGAGAGGCUGAGGGCGGGGGAGGCUGGGGAGUGGGAUUUGGUUUAUUUAUGAGAGGGUUAAUCUAGGCUGUGGGUGGAUGGGGAGUGGAGGUGUUUGCUUCUUAUGAUUGAAUGUUGCGGUUCCUUCGAUGUUUUCAUUUGGCCUCGUUUUUAUCUAGCGUUCAAGUAUUUUCGUGUUGGGGAUGUAAAAGGG